AGGAUUCUCAUACAGAUUUAAUAUAAUAUAUUCAAUAUGCUUAUUAUGAAAUAAACACAAACUCAAAAGAACAGUGCACACACUCUUAGGGCAAUGCAUGUGGGAUGCUCUGGAGGAAGAAUAAGAAAACAAGGUGGGUGUGCGUUGUGCAUUUUACCAUAUAGCACUUUGUUCAGCCAGGUAGUGUUUUUCAUGUUUUGCAGUGCUACAAAGCAUGGUCCUCUCUUGAAAAAUCACAACUUCUCAUUUUGACCACUUUAGCUGCUAUGUAUGAACAAAUGUUCACAUUGAAGUUGUUUGUUGUAACAGAAAAGACUGAAAUAGAUAACAUACAUACCCACGUAAGCAUACACACACACACACAUAUCUACAGUACUUUUACCAUGGUGUUGAUAAGAGGUUAAUUAGAGAACACAUAAAAAUUACUUGGGACCAUGCUUGGUAAGUUAGUAAAUGCUCAAUACAUGUUAGCUAUUAUUAUAUGUAAUUUAGAUUCUUUUUUAACAGCUUGCAUUCUCUUUAUUUUGUCUCUCUUCACUGACAAGUCAGUUACGUUCUUUACUGCAUUCCUACUGAAAUCUCUUGCUUCUCCCCAUCCCUGUAUGGGAACUGGAUCUCUGCCUUACUAAAGGGUUAUAAAGUUCAGUCUUAACAAGAUAAUUACAUUCCUCCAGAUUUUUCAGGGACCACGUGAAUAGCAACUACUUACAUUUGUGUAGUAGUUCAUAGUUUACAAAGAAAUUUACAUGUUUGACUCAGGACAACCUUAAGAGCUAAGUAAAGAUGCUAUUAAGAUUUCCCCCAUCUUACGGAUGAUGUGUAUGAGUUUGCUAGGACGGCUGUAGCAAAGUACCACAGACUGGGUGGCUUUGUCAAAGGCUAAGAAAUAGUCAAAGUAAAACCAGUGAAUCACCAAAGUAGUAAUUAGUUAAAGUUUAUUGUACACACAUCAAAAAGACAAUUUGCAGACCAGGAGCUCUUAAACCAAAACAUGGAAUGAGGCUCAGGGGUAUAUUAUUAUAAAGCAGCUUAUGUAAUGAGAAAGCAGUGACCGUUUAUUCUUUACAAUGAUUGGUUAUAGUAUUAGAAUUUUCUUAAACAAUAGGGAAUUUGUCAGUGAUUACCUGAUAUCAACCUUGGGGAACAGUUCAAGUUUCACUUAUGAUUUCCAGAGGCAUAAACAAGAAAUGACCCAGGUCAAGUAGGUCUCACACAACAAACUAAAUUAAGCCUUGUUUGUAUGACAACUCUUUUUAUUAGCUAAGGGAAUUUUCAAAGCCAGUCUCCCUUUGUUUCUGAUUUUAAUAGCUUGAGCAACAGAAUUUUAUUUUCUCAUAGUUCUGGAGACUAGAAGACUGACUUCAAGGUGUCAGGAGGUUUGGUUUCUUCUAAGGCCUCUCUUCCUGGUGUCUAGAUGCUGCCUUCUCACUGUGUUCACAUGGUCUUCCCUCUUUACCUGUCUGUGUCCAAAUUUCCUCCUCUUAUAAGGACAUCAGUUGAAGGGGAUCAGAAUGUGACACCCUAAAAUAUGCCACUUUGGCAUAUUGGUUAUUUUGAGCUGAAGGCAGCUGAGAAACAGCAGAUGCAGAAAUAGCUCUCUGCUCUCCUCCAUCUGCAUAAAACAGGACAUAAAUUUCCCAUGAGAAACCUACUUACUUUCCCUGUACCAGGCAGAGGCGAGGAGAACACUCAUCACUGGAGACGAGGAGUCAAUUCUGGGAUGAGUCUGCAUAAACAGACUCUACUAAAAUAACCCUUGUCUUCCAUUCAAAGAUAUCUUAACCACUCCUUCCCCAUGUAUUUACAAGUCACUUCCGCACAAUUUGUCAGCCCUAGAAGCCCAAGUCCUCUUUCCUUUGUCUAGUCACUUCUCCACAGUUUAUUACCCUUUGUUAAAAUGGUACGUAAGCCCACAAGUCUCUCUGCUCUUUGACUUUUUUCACUUCUUUUUGGUGAAGCCUCCAUGCAUAUAAAGUUGUAAAUAUUAAUAAAAUUGUAUGCCUUCUCUCCCAUCAAUCUGACUUUCGUCAGUUUAAUUCAUAGGCCCCAAUGACUAAACCUAAGAGAGUAGAAGAAAGGUUUUCUCCUUCCCUACAUAGUCGUAUUGGAUUAGGGCCCACCCUAAUGAGCUCAUUUUAACUUAAUAAUCCCUUUUAAGGCCCCCUCUCCAAAUGCAGUCAAAUUUUUAGGUACUGUGGUUAGAACUUCAACAUAUGAAUGUUGGGGGACAUGAUUCAGCCCAUAACAGGUGGGAAAACUGAGACUGUAUGAGGUCACAUUUCUUGCCUGGGGUCAGCACAAAGUCAGGGCUUGCACUUCUCUGUACUUGACACUUAAGCAACAAGGUAACCUCCAAUUUUAAUUUUAUGAUAUAUAUCACAGAAGGUUUUCCAUGUUUACAUGACCCCUUUUAAUGUUACCUAGUGUCUUAGCUUGGGCUGCUGUGACAGAAUACCAUAGUCUAGGGGGCUUAUAAACAACAGAAAUUUCUUUUUCACAGUUCUGGAGGCUGAGAAAUCCAAGAUCAAGGAGUCAGCUGAUUUGGUGAAGGCCCACUUCCUGAUUCAUAGACCACCAUCAUCUCUCUGUGUCCUCCCAGGUGGUAGAGGUUAAAACGUUUGGACCUCUGGCUGCAGGAAAUGGGACCAACCUGGAUGAAUAUGUGGCUUUGGUGGAUGGGGUGUUCUUGAACCAAGUCAUGCUCCAAAUUAAUCCUAAAUCGGAGAGUCAGAGAGUAAAUAAAAAAGUCAACAAUGAUGCCUCACUUAGAAUUCAUAAUCUAUCCAUUUUGGUGAGACAGAUAAAAUUUUAUUACCAGGAGACUUUGCAGCAGUUGAUUAUGAUGUCUUUGCCAAAUGUCUUAAUCAUUGGCAAAAAUCCCUUUUCUGAACAAGGCACAGAAGAAGUUAAAAAGUUGCUUUUACUUUUACUGGGUUGCGCAGUUCAGUGUCAGAAAAAAGAAGAAUUUAUUGAAAGAAUUCAAGGUUUAGAUUUUGAUACAAAAGCAGCAGUUGCCGCACAUAUUCAAGAGGUAACCCAUAAUCAGGAAAAUGUGUUUGAUCUACAAUGGAUGGAAGUGACUGACAUGUCUCAGGAGGAAAUAGAACCACUCUUGAAAAACAUGGUAUUGCAUCUAAAAAGACUUAUAGAUGAGAGAGAUGAGCAUUCGGAGACUAUCGUUGAACUCUCUGAAGAGCGGGAUGGUCUUCAUUUUCCACCCCAUGCCUCUUCAUCUGCACAGUCACCUUGUGGUUCUCCAGGCAUGAAGCGAACAGAAAGUCGACAACAUCUGUCAGUGGAACUGGCAGAUGCUAAGGCCAAGAUAAGAAGGCUUAGGCAGGAAUUGGAGGAAAAGACUGAACAGUUGUUGGACUGUAAACAAGAACUUGAGCAAAUGGAAAUAGAACUAAAAAGACUGCAACAAGAGAACAUGAAUUUGCUUUCGGAUGCUCGUUCUGCAAGAAUGUAUCGAGAUGAAUUAGAUGCGCUUCGGGAGAAGGCUGUCAGAGUUGAUAAGCUUGAAAGUGAAGUUAGCAGAUACAAAGAGAGGCUACAUGAUAUUGAAUUUUAUAAGGCAAGAGUUGAGGAAUUAAAAGAAGACAAUCAAGUUUUAUUAGAAACAAAAACCAUGUUGGAAGACCAAUUAGAAGGAACUCGAGCUCGUUCUGAUAAAUUACAUGAAUUAGAAAAAGAAAAUUUACAACUGAAGGCUAAACUGCAUGAUAUGGAAAUGGAGCGUGAUAUGGAUAGAAAAAAGAUUGAAGAAUUAAUGGAAGAAAAUAUGACUUUGGAAAUGGCACAGAAACAAAGUAUGGACGAAUCAUUACAUCUUGGCUGGGAGCUGGAACAAAUAUCCAGAACUAGUGAACUUUCUGAAGCACCACAGAAAUCCUUGGGCCAUGAGGUAAAUGAAUUGACAUCAAGUAGGUUGUUGAAGUUGGAGAUGGAAAAUCAGAGUUUGACAAAAACUGUAGAAGAGCUUCGGAGUACUAUGGAUUCUGCAGAAGGCACCACUUCCAAAAUCCUGAAAAUUGAAAAAGAAAAUCAAAGACUAAGUAAGAAGGUUGAAAUUCUUGAAAAUGAGAUUAUUCAAGAAAAGCAAAGUCUUCAGAAUUGUCAGAAUUUAAGCAAGGAUCUAAUGAAGGAGAAAGCUCAGCUUGAAAAAACAAUUGAAACACUUAGAGAAAAUUCAGAGAGACAGAUUAAAAUAUUGGAACAGGAAAAUGAACAUCUGAAUCAAACUGUGUCCUCCUUAAGGCAGCGCUCCCAGAUAAGUGCUGAAGCAAGGGUGAAAGACGUUGAAAAAGAAAAUAAAAUUCUCCAUGAAUCUAUCAAGGAAACAAGUAGCAAGCUAAGCAAGAUUGAAUUUGAAAAAAGGCAAAUCAGAAAAGAAUUGGAACAUUAUAAAGAAAAAGGAGAACGAGCAGAAGAACUUGAAAAUGAGUUACAUCAUCUUGAAAAAGAAAAUGAAUUGUUACAGAAAAAGAUAACCAAUUUAAAAAUUACUUGUGAAAAAAUUGAGGCCUUAGAACAAGAAAAUUCAGAGCUAGAAAGAGAAAAUAGGAAAUAUAAAAAAACAUUGGAUAGCUUUAAAAACCUUACUUUUCAGUUAGAAUCCCUAGAGAAAGAGAAUUCCCAGCUUGAUGAGGAAAACUUAGAACUGCGAAGGAAUGUAGAAUCUUUAAAGUGUGCAAGCAUGAAAAUGGCUCAGCUACAACUAGAAAACAAAGAACUGGAAAGUGAAAAAGAACAACUUAAGAAAGGUUUAGAGCUCAUGAAAGCAUCUUUCAAGAAAACAGAACGCUUAGAGGUUAGCUACCAGGGUUUAGAUACGGAAAAUCAAAGGCUACAGAAAGCCCUAGAAAACAGCAAUAAAAAAAUUCAGCAGUUGGAAAGUGAACUACAAGACUUAGAGAUGGAAAAUCAAACACUGCAAAAAAACCUAGAAGAGUUAAAAAUAUCUAGCAAAAGACUAGAACAGCUAGAAAAAGAAAACAAAUCAUUAGAACAAGAGACUUCUCAACUGGAAAAGGAUAAGAAACAACUGGAGAAGGAAAAUAAGAGACUCCGACAACAAGCAGAAAUAAAAGAUACCACAUUAGAAGAAAAUAAUGUGAAAAUUGGAAAUUUGGAAAAAGAAAACAAAACCCUUUUCAAAGAGAUUGGUAUUUAUAAAGAAUCCUGCAUUCGUCUGAAAGAAUUAGAGAAAGAAAAUAAGGAGCUUGUGAAAAGAGCAACUAUUGAUAUAAAAACUUUAGUUACAUUACGAGAGGAUUUGGUGAGUGAAAAACUGAAGACUCAACAAAUGAAUAAUGAUCUUGAAAAAUUAACUCAUGAGCUUGAGAAGAUAGGGUUAAAUAAAGAGCGACUCUUACAUGAUGAGCAGAGUACUGAUGACAGAUACAAACUUUUGGAAUCAAAAUUAGAAUCUACUCUAAAGAAGUCCCUUGAAAUAAAAGAAGAAAAAAUCGCUGCAUUAGAAGCUCGAUUAGAAGAGUCCACAAAUUAUAACCAGCAGUUGCGCCAAGAACUUAAAACAGUGAAAAAGAAUUAUGAAGCUCUCAAGCAGAGACAAGAUGAGGAAAAGAUGGUACAGAGCUCUCCUCCAGUUUCUGGUGAAGAUAACAAAUGGGAGCGAGAAAGUCAAGAAACAACCAGAGAGCUUCUGAAAGUUAAAGACAGAUUAAUUGAAGUUGAAAGAAAUAAUGCUACACUACAAGCAGAGAAGCAAGCAUUGAAAACUCAACUGAAGCAACUUGAGACACAGAACAAUAAUUUGCAGGCUCAGAUUCUUGCACUUCAGAGGCAGACAGUAUCAUUACAGGAACAGAAUACCACUCUUCAAACACAGAAUGCCAAGCUUCAGGUUGAAAAUUCCACUCUUAAUUCCCAAAGUACCUCACUUAUGAACCAGAAUGCACAACUCCUAAUCCAGCAGUCUUCCUUAGAAAAUGAAAAUGAAUCUGUGAUCAAAGAGCGAGAAGACCUGAAAUCUCUCUAUGAUUCUCUGAUCAAAGAUCAUGAAAAGCUGGAACUUCUGCAUGAACGACAGGCUUCAGAGUAUGAGUCUCUCAUUGCUAAACAUGGAACUCUAAAGUCUGCCCACAAAAAUCUUGAGGUGGAACAUAAAGACCUUGAAGAUCGUUACAAUCAGUUACUAAAACAGAAAGGACAAUUGGAAGAUUUGGAAAAAACACUGAAGGUAGAACAGGAAAAAAUGCUGCUUAAAAACAAAAACCAUGAAACUGUAGCUGCAGAAUACAAGAAACUUUGUGGUGAAAAUGAUAGGUUGAAUCAUACAUAUAAUCAGCUUUUAAAAGAGACUGAAGUUUUACAAACUGACCAUAAAAACUUGAAAAGUCUUCUAAAUAGUUCCAGACUGGAACAAACAAGAUUAGAAGCUGAAUUUUCAAAGUUAAAGGAACAAUACCAACAACUGGACAUCACAUCCACCAAGCUAAAUAACCAGUGUGAGUUGCUAAGCCAACUUAAAGGAAAUUUAGAAGAGGAAAAUCGACAUCUACUAGAUCAAAUUCAGACAUUAAUGCUACAGAACAGAACACUAUUGGAGCAGAAUAUGGAAAGCAAGGAUCUUUUUCAUGUUGAACAAAGACAGUACAUUGAUAAGUUAAAUGAAUUAAGACGACAGAAGGAGAAAUUAGAAGAGAAAAUUAUGGAUCAAUACAAAUUUUAUGACCCAUCUCCUCCUAGAAGGAGAGGCAACUGGAUUACUCUAAAAAUGAGAAAACUGAUAAAGUCUAAGAAAGACAUUAAUCGGGAGCGUCAGAAAUCACUAACAUUAACACCAACCCGCUCAGAUUCCAGUGAAGGAUUUCUUCAGCUCCCCCAUCAAGAUAGUCAAGACAGUUCUUCAGUAGGUUCAAACUCUUUAGAAGAUGGCCAAACUCUGGGGACCAAGAAAAGCAGCAUGGUUGCACUGAAAAGACUGCCCUUUUUGAGGAACAGACCGAAGGAUAAAGACAAAAUGAAGGCCUGCUACCGUCGUUCCAUGUCCAUGAAUGACCUGGUGCAGUCCAUGGUCCUAGCAGGAGGACAGUGGACAGGUAGUACUGAGAAUUUGGAGGUUCCUGAUGAUAUUGCAACGGGUAAAAGGAGAAAAGAAUUGGGAGCUAUGGCCUUCUCUACUACAGCCAUCAACUUUUCAACUGUCAACUCUUCUACAGGCUUCAGAUCCAAGCAGUUGGUUAAUAAUAAAGAUACUACAUCCUUUGAAGACGUAAGUCCACAAGGUAUUAGUGAUGAUUCUAGUACGGGAUCAAGAGUUCAUGGAAUACAGGACAUUAACUGUGCAGAUGCUCAUAUUCCUCCUGUUCGUGGCAUCUCUGCAAUGUGCAGGGUUCCUUGUCUGAUCUGUUCUUCGAGACCAGCCAGCCUUGAUAGUGGCAGAACAUCCACUAGCAAUAGCAAUAAUAAUGCUUCACUCCAUGAAGUCAAAGCAGGUGCAGUUAAUAUCCAAAGCAGGCCACAAAGCCACAGCAGUGGAGAAUUUAGCCUGCUUCAUGAGCAUGAGGCGUGGUCCAGCAGUGGUAGCAGUCCAAUCCAAUACUUGAAAAGACAGCCCAAAUCAAGUCCAGUGCUCCAGCACAAAACACUAGAGAGUCGAGCACAUCACAAGGUCAAAACUGGUUCCCCUGGAAGUGAAGUUGUUACUCUACAACAGUUUUUGGAAGAAAGCAACAAGCUUACCUCAAUACAGAUAAAGCCCUCAAGUCAAGAGAAUCUUUUAGAUGAAGUAAUGAAAAGUUUGUCUGUCUCUUCUGACUUUUUGGGAAAAAACAAACCAGUUAGCUGUGGUCUGGCCAGGUCAGUAAGUGGAAAAACUCCAGGAGACUUCUAUGAUAGAUGGACAACUAAGCCUGAACAAUUUGUGAGACCUGGUCCUCAAAAGACUGAAGAUACCUAUUUCAUUAGUUCUUCUGGAAAGCCUACACUAGGCACUCAAGGAAAGAUAAAAGUAGUAAAAGAAACUUCUCUGUCACGACAAUCAAAAGAUAGUAAUCCCUAUGCCACUUUACCUCGUGCAAGCAGUGUGAUCUCUACUGCCGAAGGAACUACUCGAAGGACGAGCAUCCAUGAUUUUUUGACCAAGGACAGUAGACUACCUAUGUCAGUUGAUUCACCACCAGCUACUGCUGAUAGCAGCAUCACUGCAGCAUCUAGUGAGUACCGUUUACACCAGUGGUCCUCUCAUCCGCUUCACAGUCCAACUUAUGCUGUAGGUUCUCAAGCACAAAAUGAUUUAGCUACAGACAAGCCCACGUCUCCAUAUGCCCAGGCCAGAAACUCAAGAACAGAAAGGUCACAUUUUCUAAACCAAACUUUUGCCACUGUUAAUAUGUCUAAUGAUGCAUUUGGAAUAUCAGCUAAAGAUAGCAUAGACUCAUUUACUGUGGCUUAUCCAUCUCAGCCAUUUUUAUCCCUGAAUACACAAUUAGUUAGUAACAUAAGUGGGCUACCUCCCAGACCAGUCACCAGGCUAACUGACCAGGCUUCUGCUUCUUUGGAUGAAGCUGCACAGAAGGAUACUGAGCAGUUUUCUGAUCAUCAGAACUGCAGUAACAGUAACCCACAGUCUUCUGUAGUUAGCAAUAAUCUUAUCACUCCUGCAUGCCUCUAUCCUGAUGACACAGAAGCUGCAUUGUUGGUUUCUGAGGAUAAUCAAACUGUUUGGUAUGAAUAUGGUUGUGUAUGAUCAAAACUGCACAAUAUAAUACUGAUGUCAUUUGAUAUGCACUGUGCUUCUCUAAUCUGAUUUGAAGAGCUGCUGUUGAAAAGUAUCAUUUGGCUAGGUUUAUACUUUUAUUUUUAAAUUGUGGAUAGUGUUCAGGUGUACAUUGUGGCAUGUAUAUAAAUGUGAUUAUGUAACCACAACAGAGCUUGCAUGAAUUAUUAAUUGCAUUGUACAUUUUUUGCAUGACUUUAAGAACCUUAACAAUACAUGCUCCUCUUUGACAUUUCUUGUCACCUAAUAAGAGAUUGUUACUUUGAUACCUAGAGGCAUGUUAAAAUGGCUGCAUGCUAUAAUUACCAACAAGGCAUUUCCAAGUCAUAUUUACUUCAUUGGUUCCAAAAAAGAAUGCUCAUUGUCUCUCUCCCUCCCUUUGCUCCCCUUUUCCUCUCUCCCUACCUCUCUUCCUCUCCUUUUUUUUUUUUUUUUACAAAAUGUGCACUUCAUAUUGCGCAUGUACAGUAUUAGUAAGGAAACUAUGUUAAAAAGAUGUCAUUUUCUUUUGCCAUUUAAUUAUGCCUUCUGGCCUGCUGUUUUAUUUUCAAAGAAAUAGUUAUUAACUACUCAUAUUUAUAAAAUUGUUCAGAUUUAAAACUUUGUUAAUACUCAUAAAUUUAGCGUAAUUCUUUUUUUUAAAAAAACAUCAAAUUUAAAUGUGACAUACAGGGACUAGGAGUAUUUGUAUUCUAUUUCUUCUCUGCACUUUUCUUCAUUUGAUAAAUAUAAGAGCUCAAGUACUAUCUUUCCUUCAAGAUGACUUUUUUACUUGGCAUCAGUUAACACAGUAGUUUUUUUCAGGUUUUUUUUAAUAUAGAAUCAAAGAGAAAUAAAGCAAAUCAUACUCAGUGUGUGAGAAAUUUGCAUUUUUACUUCUGUUCAAAAAGGGUAGCACGCUUAUAAAGUGGUGAAAAUUGUUACUUAUAUAAUUCUAUAAUUUAUUUAUUACUAAAUUAUAUAUGUCCUUAAAACAGAAUUUUCUAAAAUGAGUACAUUGUGCUAAAAUAAAAUGCAAAAUUAGUAUUUGUAAUCACUUAAACAAACAAGUAUGAUUUUAGUAGAACAAAUUUUAGAAUUAAGAAUAAAUGCAAGCUCUUAACUAAAAAUUAAUCAUAAAAGAUAGAGAAAAUAUUUGCUAACUCUGACUUAUGUCAUAAACUUUAAAAUUAUCUUGCUGUGGUCAUAGCACUUUUAAAGCAGAAUCAGCUAAACUUCCAUUGUUUUAUUCCAGAAUAAAAGAAACCCCAAGAAACCCAUAACCCUGAAUCACUUACUUCUA